GUUUUUCAACGAUCGUCAACAUGCUGGCAUUAUGCUUUACUCUCUUGACUGUCUUGGUAACCGGUUCCCUGGCAGUACUUAAUGGAGAUCCAGCAGCUCCACACCAAUUCCCAUAUCAUGUAGGUCUCUACUGGAAGAGCAAAAUCCCAGUUCCAAUUCUGAAAGCCCCCUACUACUGUGGUGGAGCAGUAGUUAGUGAUAAAUGGGUUUUAACAGCAGCACAUUGUGUACGUAAGUAUGGCCAAAUGGUGGUCAAAGCUGGUAAACAUGUCUUUGAUCAGGAAGAAGCUAGUGAACAAGUCCGUUAUGUUGUUCGUCAUGUCACCCAUCCCAACUAUAAACGACCUAUCAUCUCCAAGAGACUCAUCCCUCAGAAUGACCUUGCUAUGCUUGAAGUCGACUCUCCUUUUAUCUUCAAUGGAUACGUAGACGUUGCUCAAGUAUCUGGUGCCAGUUCUGACUAUGAUUCUGGAUCUCUAGCAGGAUGGGGUUCAAAUGGUAUCAACUAUAUCCCUACUUUUCCCAAGGAGCUUCAUUACAACAAGUACCUUCCAGUGGAAGUUAAUCUAACUUGUGCUGAGGCCAUCAACGACGCAUUCUUCGGCAUUGAAUUUUCACCUGUGGAAAUUAGUAGCAAUCAAACUUGUACUGGACCAGUUGGAGAAAACAUUGGAGCUUGUAUCUUAGACGGUGGCAGUGCUCUAGUUAAUAAAAAAAAUAAAAAAUAUGUAAUCAUUGGCGUUGUUUCAUGGAGUCAUUUGCUUUGUGGAACUAUUGGAACUCCUACUGUUUAUACUCGAAUUGGUGCAUAUUCUGGAUGGGUCAAUGCAGUGAUGGAAUCUUCUUAAAUACAUAAUUAUAGCAACAAUUAAAAAGAUGAUUAUCGUAAAUAAAUAUUUUAGAAUUUUUUUCUCAAAAA